CAAAGAAUUUAGUCUGCCGGAAAACUACACGAAGAAGAAAAACUAUGCCUUAGACUGGAUUUUCCAAAACUGAAAGGAGAGUCCCGUCUUUGCAGCUCUGUAAAAAGUGAGAGUUGCGGGGGAUUUGACACUAUGGGAAAACUGGACGAGUUACUUUUAAGAACCACAUGCAACUGGACACUGACAUUUUAAAGGAUAACCUUUUUCCUGAAUCAAGAACGAAAAAGGUAUCGCCAAGAGCAGUAGCUAGUUGUGAUGCGGAGAGGAGACCUUGUUCCCCGGGCCUUCCAGGCCCCAGUGGAUGUCCAUGCUAGUGUAGAUGGCCAGGUGUACAUGUUCAGGAACGGCCAGCCAACUGACUCUGCAGGCUCUUCAGAGGAAGAAGAGUUCAAUGUGAUGGCGCUUAGGCCCCGGGGGCGGCAGGAGCCGGACCAGGACAGACUGGGCAGCCUCAUGCUGCUAGAGAGGGAUGUAUUGGUUGGGGACAACCUCAACAAACUUGCUCUGCAAUAUGGCUGCAAGGUGGCCGACAUAAAGAGGGUGAACAACCUGAUUCAGGAACAGGAUAUGUUUGCAUUGAAAUCAAUCAAAAUCCCUGUGAAGAAACACAGCUUAUUGACUAACACAGAACACAGAACCUCAAAUUCAUCCACACCACAGGACAGACCUACAGCCAGCUCAUCUGGUAGACCACAUUUACAGGAAUACACUGACUUCCUCAAGGAAGUGGAUCAUGACAUCGAGAGACUGAUUCAAACCACAGAUGCACAGAAUGAGGUCUUUUUAGAGGCCGCCGGGCGGCCACAAAAUUUGGGCUACAGAGGCCAGCGCUUGACCAGCUAUGGAGCAGACUGGGGCAUCCAGUGGUGGAACGCUGUGGUGGCCAUGCUCCUUAUAGGCAUUAUCCUGCCUGUCUUUUAUGUUGUUUAUAUCAAAACACAAGACACUGGAGUGCCUGCUGCUGUAGCGACCUCAAACAGCUCAGGGACAGGCCUCAGCACAGAAAGCCCUAGGAACACUUUUAGCAGCCAGGAAAAGGUCCCUCAGUCUGAACGAACCAAACACAUAGUUCAGGGAAAGAACGUCUAUGGACUUCAUGCUUAACGUCACUUUAAGAACCAAACCAGUGUUCUGCUUAAAGGUCAUCAAAGAAGUGUUGUUGUGUAACAUUUCUUUACAAAAGAUUGAAGUUGUAGUAUGGAUUUCUGUAAGUGUUUUAUCACAGACAUUGGACUUCAUGGUUUCAGAUGUGUGCCUUAUUAGAUGUCUGACUUAUCCAGUCAACGGUUCUUUCUUCUUUAUGCUAAUUAUUUUGAAAACAUUUUAACACGUUUGCUGUGUGA